AUGGUGAUUGGCACAGGAGAAAGUGGCAAGAGUACAUUCAUUAAGCAAAUGAGGAUUAUUCACGGAUCAGGUUACACAGAAGAAGACAGGAAAGGCUUCACAAAACUGGUUUACCAGAACAUAUUUACUGCCAUGCAAGCAAUGAUCAGAGCCAUGGAUACUCUCAAGAUACAGUACACAUCCAAAGAGAAUGAGGAGAGUGCUCAGAUGAUCAAAGAAGUGGAAGUGGAUAAAGUGACAGUGCUGGAAAGAAAACAAGUUGAAGCAAUCAGGAAGCUCUGGGAAGACCCAGGAAUUCAAGAAUGCUACGACAGACGGAGGGAGUACCAGCUCUCAGACUCUGCUAAGUAUUAUCUUACUGACCUUGAUCGUAUUGCUAUGCCCUCAUUUGUGCCAACUCAGCAAGAUAUUCUUAGAGUCCGAGUGCCGACUACCGGAAUUAUUGAGUAUCCUUUUGAUUUAGAAAAUAUUAUAUUUAGGAUGGUGGACGUAGGUGGCCAAAGGUCAGAAAGAAGGAAGUGGAUCCAUUGUUUUGAAAGUGUUACUUCCAUCAUUUUCUUAGUUGCAUUAAGUGAAUAUGAUCAAGUCUUGGCAGAAUGUGACAAUGAGAAUCGAAUGAAAGAAAGCAAGGCCUUAUUUAAAACUAUCAUUACAUAUCCCUGGUUUCUGAAUUCUUCAGUCAUUUUGUUUCUAAAUAAAAAAGAUCUUCUAGAAGAGAAAAUCAUGUAUUCCCAUCUAAUUAGUUACUUUCCAGAAUACACAGGACCUAAACAAGAUGUCAAAGCUGCCAGAGACUUCAUUUUGAAGCUGUAUCAGGAUCAAAAUCCAGACAAGGAGAAAGUUAUCUACUCCCACUUCACUUGUGCCACAGACACAGAAAAUAUUCGUUUCGUCUUUGCUGCUGUCAAGGACACAAUCCUGCAAUUAAACCUGCGGGAGUUCAACCUGGUUUAA